UGCAAACAUGAUCAAAGAAAAUAGCGCCAAGUGAAGCUGCACGCUUCAUAUGACCUUCAUCGUGUGGCAGCAGCGUGCCUGGUUGUGGAGUAGCUUUAUUAACCCUUAAUGUCCUCACACAUACAAAACCUCCGUGCUAGUUCUCGUCUCCUCCCGGCUCUCGCGAUGAAAGAGACAGCGGGGCUGGUACCGAGGGGGGCGGGGCGAGGUGACAAAUAUAAAUGCAUAAAUAAUUAAAUAUACAAGUGGAUGUAAAUCCGCUGAAAACACAGUCAUCCAACGACCCGGGUCGAAGCGAGCAUCGCCGGGGCUUGCAAGCCGACUGUGGGCCGCAGCAGAGAGGAAGCAUCCAGGGAAGGAGGAGGGAAAAAACCCGCUGUAUUGCACUGGAUGGUGGGGGAUGAUGUUCCCCUGCACGCCCCGCUGAAAACACAGGGACUGUCGGAGAGGCGGUGAGGAUUAUCCAGGAGGCUGGAGGAAGGAAGACAGGGAGGCAUCAACGAGCAUCAUCCAGAGCGGACCGCCUUAUCAGAGAGGCUGACCGACAAAUAACAGUCAGAAAUUGACCUAAAAUAAAAGAAAAAGCCGAACGACGUGAAAAAAUUAGAAGCUGGAAUACGAUUUUACAGUGAAUUAACCUGCAUGGUGUGAUUAUCAGAGGACACUGGCCCUCUUGGAAGUAAGUCAGUUCAUGAUUGUUACAGAAACGCAUGCAGAUCCAGUACAACUGAAUGGGAAUCUGUCACUUCAAAUAUUGUUAUGCAACUCUAAUCAAUUACAAUUCUGCAGAGAGUGGGCCACACCACAUUAAAAACAGGCUGAGUUUUUCUUUUCCAGCUCCAUCUCUAUAGUGGUGUCGAGGGCAGCGGCAGGGAUUACUGAGGCUGGUCGUUCAUUUUGGUGUGGGGAGGGGGGGUAGGACCAUAUUGGACGCUUGAUUGUCGAGGUUGGACUCCACUGAGAGAAGAUGUCGGGUCAGACGCUGACAGACCGCAUCGCCGCGGCGCAAUACACCCUGACGGGAUCCGAUGUGUCCCGAGCUGUGUGUAAAUCUACCACACAUGAACAGACGGCCCCAAAGAAAAAACACCUGGAAUUCCUGAUCCAGGCCACCCAGGAGUCCAAUGUGAACGUCCCCCAGAUGGCUGACACACUGAUGGAGAGGGCUGGCAACGCCAGCUGGGUGGUGGUUUUCAAAGCCCUGAUCACCACACACCACCUCAUGGUGCAUGGCAACGAGAGAUUCCUGCAGUUCUUGGCCUCAAGAAACACCUUGUUCAACCUCAGCAACUUCCUGGACAAAACUGGCUCUCACGGCUAUGACAUGUCCACAUUUAUCAGACGCUACAGCCGCUAUCUCAAUGAGAAGGCCUUCGCCUACAGACAGAUGGCUUUCGACUUUGGCCGAGUCAAGAAAGGAGCUGAGGGAGUGAUGAGGACCAUGUCAGUAGAGAAGCUGCUGAAAGGAAUGCCCACCCUGCAGAGCCAGAUCGACGCACUGCUGGAUUUCGAAGUACAUCCACAGGAGCUGAACAAUGGCGUGAUAAAUGCCUGCUUUCUCCUACUCUUCAAAGAUCUGAUUAAGUUAUAUGCCUGCUACAAUGACGGCAUCAUCAACCUGCUAGAGAAGUUUUUCCAGAUGAAGAGAAGCCAGUGUAAAGAUGGGCUGGAGAUAUACAAGAGAUUCCUGACACGAAUGACUCGGGUUUCUGAAUUCUUCAAAAUUGCUGAGCAAGUGGGAAUAGACAAAAAUGACAUACCUGAACUCACUCAGCUGCACAGGUCCUUCGCUGUAAAGAGGAGGCGUAUCCCACUGUACCUCAGUGCCACUUCCAUUCUCCAUGCAGCCAAUGAGCUGUGGUUCUUUGGUGAUUGACAGUCACUAUGCCCCCUUCUCUUUUCACUUCCAGAGAUGCAGAUUGAUCAUUCAGGCUGAGAGUGUGAGUAGCGAGUAGUGCACAGAGCUAGCUUUUGGAAACAAACAGCAUAGGGAAGGUCAACAUUUGAACUCUCUUUGAGUGCACUGAAUUGAAGCACACUGCACAGUGAGUGCACACCCAGCAGACAGACAUCAGGUGCUCUGAUGAAGUGGGAUGAUGUGACUGGACGAGACAAUUGGAUAAGCUGUGAUAUGCUGAGCAAUGCUGCUGACCAGGCGACUGUUGUCCGCUGCUAAGACUCUGAGCUAAACAUAGUUUUAGCUCAACAAAUGUAUAAAAGCAGACUGUCAUCCUGGAAAUGUACAGCAGAGUUUCCAUGACAGCUAUAAAGUCAUUGUAAAGAUUAUUUUUGAGUUUUCGGAUUGCUGAGUUUUGUACUGAACAAUAUAAAUGAUUCCAAGGAUGAGAAAACAGAUUUCUCCUAUUGGUUCCUGAAUCAGAACUGUCCUGUUGUGGAAACUCUACAGCCAAGGUUAUCCUUUCAGACGUGACAGUAUGGAUGACUUGCAUGAAGAGCAUGCUGUUAUGCUGUCUGAUUGGCUUGAUAGGUUACUGGAGCGGUAAUGGUAGAGGAUUUUAUUCAAACAGAUCUACACUAUGCCGAAUCAAACAUACUGUAAUGUGUGACACUUUGAUUGUAGAGUAUUUGAAUAUGGAUGUGGGAUGUUAUAUCUGCUAAACCAGUCAAAUUCAGAAAUUCAUAUCAAGGGAUUUGUUGGCUUUGUAGGCUUGCAAACCUGCUACUGAAGGACAGUUGCAAGACUAGCUUGAGUCAAGGCUAACUGUAUUAGUAUUAGUGUAUUAGUUCACUUGGUUUGUGGCUAUAAAAUGUCUUCCUGUCGACCGUGCAAUUUUUGUACUCACGGGUCAAAACUGACCCGGUUGGGAUUGACUGUUUAUAAAGCAUAAAGUAUAAAUUAUCACCAAAUUCUGUGUUAGACCUUUUAGUCAACUUCAUUCCAACUCAUUAUCACGUUUUUCACUUCUUUUUGGAAUUUAUGGUCACUAGACCUCAUUUACAUGACAUACCUCGUUUUUUAGUUAAAAAAAAGGCAGAAAUUAUAAAUGAUUUUGACAGAAACAUAUGUCGAUGGAUUAUCAUAUACUGAUAUAAAUCAAAGUUUAGUCAGCAUACUGUUUUGAAAUCAUUUCAAAUUUUUUAAUGGCAGCACAUAAUGACACCUGUUGUCUUCCUGGGUCAAAAUUGACGUGGUCUGGUUUGACUUUUUACAAAGCAUAAAGUAUAAAUUAUCAACCAAUUCUGUGUUAUACUAUUUUAGCUAACUUCAUUCCAACUCAUUACCACAAAUUUACACUUCUAUUUGGAAUUCAUGGUCAAUAGACCAUUUUUCAUUUAAAUGAAAUUAUACCUCGUUUUCGAGUAAAAUAAACAGAAAUUAUGAGCUAAUAUGGAUUAUCACAGACUGGUAUAUGUCAAAUAUUAGCCAUAAUAUUCCUAGGUCAAAAUUGAUCAAUGCAAUUUUAUUCACAAAUGAGCAAACAAAGAACAAAAAAGCAUAAAAAAACCCAAAACUUUUUCAACUUUUUAAAACUGUAACUUUAAAGAAUAAUUUCAGUUCAUCUGGAUUAUGAAUUAGAAAAGAAAUAGUCCCUGUGUGU